AUCGAAAAUUUUUCUAUUUCCUAUCUAUCCCAACCAUGUCUGAAGAAGUGAGCCAAGUUACCGAUCAACUCCAGAAAACUUACUUAGACGAAGUCACCGGCGACUAUGUGUCCAAGAGUGAAUUAAAGAAGAGACAGAAAACCAGAGCCAUCGAAGCCAAGAAAGCUGAAAAGGCUGCUAAGAACGCUGAUAAGCCCAAACCCGUUAAGAAAGACCAAUUAGCCGACUUAAACCCCAACCAAUACUAUGAGAUCAGAUCCCGUCAAGUCAAGGAGUUGAGACAAAAGAAUUUGGAUGACCCUCUGGCCUUCAACCCUUAUCCCCACAAGUUCAACAGGACUUUGACCUUACCUGAAUUCUUGAAACAAUACGGACACUUGAACAGAGGAGAAACUUUACCAGAUGUCGAGGUUGCUGUUGCCGGUAGAAUCAUGAGCAAGAGAGAAGCCGGGUCCAAGUUGAAGUUUUACGUGUUGAAGGGUGAUGGUAUUCAAGUGCAAAUCAUGGGUCAGGCCCAAGACGCACCAAGCGAUGAAUCUUACCACGAAAUGCACGAACUCUUGAGAAGAGGUGACAUCAUUGGUGUCGUGGGUUACCCAGGAAGAACUAGUCCUGCAAAAGGUGGUGACGGGGAAAUCUCUGUGUUUGCCAAGACGGUGCAGUUGUUAACUCCAGGGUUGCACAUGUUGCCAACUGAAUUCUAUGGAUUCAAGGACCAGGAACAAAGAUACAGAAAGCGUUACUUGGACUUGAUUGUUAAUGACGAUGUCAGAGAACGGUUCAAGGUUAGGUCAGAGAUCAUCAAGUACAUCCGUAGAUUCUUAGACACCAGAGAUUUCAUCGAAGUGGAAACUCCAAUUUUGAAUGUAAUUGCUGGAGGUGCUACUGCCAAACCUUUCAUCACUCACCACAAUGACUUGAACAUGGAUAUGUUCAUGAGAAUCGCUCCUGAGUUGUACUUAAAAGAAUUGGUUGUUGGUGGUAUGGACAGAGUUUAUGAAAUCGGUAGACAGUUCAGAAACGAAGGAAUUGACAUGACCCAUAACCCUGAAUUCACCACGUGUGAAUUCUAUCAAGCUUAUGCGGAUGUGUACGACUUGAUGGACAUGACCGAGUUGAUGUUCAGUGAAAUGGUCAAGUCCAUCACUGGUGACUAUAAAGUCACCUACCAUCCUGAUGGUCCUACUGGAGAAGCUUUGACUUUGGACUUUACCAGACCAUGGAAGAGAAUUAACAUGAUCGAAGAGUUGGAGAAGGUUUACAACGUCAAGUUCCCUCCUGGUGACCAAUUACACACCGAAGAAACCGGUAAAUUCUUGAAACAGAUCUUAAUCGACAACAAACUUGACUGUACUCCACCUUUAACCAACGCCAGAAUGUUGGACAAGUUGGUUGGUGACUUGGAAGAUUCCUGUAUCAACCCAACCUUUAUCUUUGGACAUCCACAAAUGAUGUCUCCAUUGGCCAAGAGACAUAGAAGUAUUCCUGGAUUGUGUGAAAGAUUCGAAGUGUUUGUGGCCACCAAGGAAAUCUGUAAUGCUUACACCGAGUUGAACGACCCAUUUGACCAAAGAGCCAGAUUCGAAGAACAAGCUAGACAAAAGGAUCAAGGUGAUGACGAAGCCCAAAUGGUGGAUGAGACCUUCUGUAACGCUUUGGAGUAUGGGUUGCCACCAACUGCAGGUUGGGGUUGUGGUAUCGACAGAUUAGCCAUGUUCUUGACCAACUCCAACACCAUCAGAGAAGUGUUAUUGUUCCCAACCUUGAAACCCGAUGACUUUGUCAAGGGUGAAGAUAGAAGCGAGAAGUAAGAAUUGGUCUUGUCUGACCAAUAGAUUUAAAUAAGCUCUUUACAUUGUCCUAAUAUACAGCAGAAUUAAUAUAGUUCUGACCUAAUGGUUAUUUAUUCCUCACCAAAGCGCCUCUCCUUUUCAUCUCAAGUGCUUGUUUGUACGGUGGAGAGGUAGGCAUUUGGAUUGGAUCUAGUACUUCUCUUCUUCCUUCUAAUGUGUAUGUUGCAUCUGAGUCGGUAUCGUUCAAGUCUCCGCACGCAAUAAAUUUUGCAAUCACUCGCUCGUCGUUGGGAAGGUCCAAGAACUCUAGGUUUUUGGAUUUACCAAUAUUUGCAUCUUCAAAAAACUCUUCCGUAGACUUGUCUAGCUCGAGUUUGGGGACCCAUUCAGGCCUGGGACGAUAGUUUAAGCAUACUAUGAAGGCUUCCAACGAAGAACCUCUCGACGAUCGAGGUUUGGCACAAAUGACCUUUUCGAAGAGAUAGCUGAGCUGUGAGUAAAGCAAAUCAAUAUCUCUUCCUCUGAAGAUCUUAGCAACAAACGUCCCACCAGGCUUGAGAAUACACGUCGUUAGCUGAAGAGCAGAAAGAAUCAACUGCGCUUGGAUGUAUUCAUCCAAAUCGUGUAAACCAGUAACAUCUGGUGCACCAUCACUACAGACAAAGUCUGCCAACUCUCCGUGGAAUUCAUCCAAAAUCCGCUGUAAGAAACUCACCCCUGCCGAAUUAUUGCAGCAAAAGACUCAAGAAAAGCUUCAACAACAGGAGUUUGAGAAGUCGUUGUUGCAAGGUGAGCUUGAGUACAAACCCAAAUACUUGAGUGAAAACGCCGUUAAGGGAUCUGGAACCAAACCUAUUCCUAUCAACGUGGAACUCUUGAAGUACAAACCCAUACGGUUGCCCAAAACACAUGGACACAAAGUGGUUUCCAUGAAAUUCAGAGGAUAUGAUGAAACCGAUAUAAAUAUAGCUAUUGAAUUCGCCAGCAGGGCUGCCUUUUACUUGGGAAUACCAGUAUCAGGAAUAAUGAAACAGAAGACGGAAAAGAGAUUAUAUACCGUCAUCAAGUCGCCGUUUGCCCAAGCCAAGUCCAAAGAGAAUUUCUACAGAACCACCUUUAACUAUAAGUUGGAUGCAUUCGAUGCUAACCCAGAAGUGGUGGACUUGUGGUUGAGUUAUGUCAACAAACAUGCGUUGGAAACGGUUCAUUAUACUGCCAAAAUCAUCACCAGAGAGUCUGCGAACUUUGUGGAGCAGUUGGACAGUGUGAGCGUUGAAGAUGUCAAGAUCCCCGAAGGCUUCAAAGACUCCAAUGAUCCUAUUAUGAGUAAGGUGGACGAGUUGUUGAAGUCCGAUGCAUUCAAAAAACAUAUGGACCAGUGAUGCCAGGUCAGGUUUAUACUUGUAUAUAAUGAAAAAAAAAAGUUUUAACAUAGAUUUCACCCAUAAACGUCCCAAUCUUCCUCCUCCUCUUCUUCCUCUUGUUCCUUGAUGAGUCUAAGCUCUUCUGCAAGUCUCUCUUUACGUUUCUGGUUCAAUUCCGAUAAGUCAAAUCGACACAACGGACAUGUAGCAUUCAUCUUUAACCAUGGCCCAAUACACUCCAAAUCAAAAAUAUGGCCUCUGUGUUUGGUUUUGGCGUUACAGGGAAGUUUCACAAUCAAUGGAUACUUGUCUUCCACGAAGCGAUUGGUACAAAUGGGACAGUCGUCUUCAGGGGUCAAGUCUUUAAGGCUCACUCGGUCUAAAGUAUCCAAGUAAUCAUCUGGGAGACCCUUUUUGGGGUUGAAAUCUUGAUCCUCAAGAACUCCUAUAAGGUCUGUCGCCAAUGUGGAUCCUUCUUCGGCGCUGAGGACCUGAAGUGCGUUUCGGAAAGUUUCGAUCUGACUUUCUUGAGUUUCUGGUAAGGAUUCUAUGUGCGAGUGGUUGGAGGUCACAAACGAAUCAAUAAUGGACGAGAGUGAUUGGUGGGUUCGUGUUCUCUCAUUGUCCUCUUGGGGGCGAGAUGAGGAGAUGUUGUGAUCAUCU